AGUACAGAAACGAAGUAUUUUUACUCCGUUACAUUACAACACUGUUAUUAAGCACUCUUUAUUUGUUAAAUUGUGCCCAUUUAUCCCUCAGGGUGAUGUUUAACUAAUACACACAACACAUCACACUUGCCUAGUCAAAAUUAAACGUGGUGUGUUAGAGCAAUGAGAACACUAAAAUAUGUAAGAUUUUACCCGGGUUACAAAGUUAUUAUUUACAGAAAAAACAACAACCAAAACCAAGGAAAUGUUUAAAUGUAGAAGAAGCUCGAGAGAGUGGAGCUGCUCAGCCCCGCCCAAGAGUGCACGAGACCGCAGAACGGAGUUUGUCAAAUACACACUACGGAAGCCGUGAAGACAAACAUUCUUCUUUUCUCUUCAAUGCAUCAGGGUGUAAUAAUAAAACACAGUCGGGAGAAAGAAGUUUUAUAUUAUGAGCUUCUUUAAAAAAAACGUUUUAAAUAUUUUAUCUUAUUAGUCUUAUUGCUGGGGUGUCGGUCUUACUCGAAGAUAUUUCAAACUUUUUUUCUAAGUAAUUAAAGAAUGCCAAAGUUUAUACAAGCUGCUGAAAUUUAACAGUAACAGAAUUGGACCUGGUGCUUGUUAGUAUACUUUACAAUCAUGCAGCAAGAGCAUUUGUUUAAAGUUCUUGUGAUUGGAGACCUCGGAGUUGGAAAAACGUCUAUAAUUAAGCGAUAUGUUCAUCAGAUAUUCUCUCAGCACUACCGAGCGACUAUAGGCGUGGAUUUUGCGCUGAAAGUGUUGAACUGGGACAAUAACACAGUCAUCCGGUUACAGUUAUGGGACAUUGCAGGUCAGGAGCGCUACGGUAAUAUGACACGGGUGUAUUACCGCGAGGCUGUUGGGGCUCUGAUAGUAUUUGAUGUGACAAGAGCAUCAACGUUUGAUGCAGUACCAAAGUGGAAAGAUGAUCUUGACACAAAGGUUACUCUCAGCAAUGGCAAACCCAUCCCAGUUGUUCUGCUGGCCAAUAAGUCUGACCAGUCACGGGACGGCUUGUCCACUCAGAUUCCCAAACUCGACACAUUUUGCAAAGAAAACGGAUUUGCAGGCUGGUUUGAAACAUCAGCCAAGGAAAACACCAAUAUUGAAUCAGCAAUCAGGUGCCUGGUGGAAAACAUACUGACUCAUGAGAAGAACGCUGUCAGCGACUCAGACCCAGACACAGUGACCCUGUCCGGCAACAACAACACCAAGGAUCGUGGCAAAGCCAGAUGCUCUGCAUGUCCCAAAUAGAAGACUGAUGGUGAGGAGGAGCUGAAAUCAGAGAGCGAGUGAAAGAGAGCAUGAGAAAAGGGCACAGAGUUACUGGCUUCACCCUCAAAAAAGCAAUUAAGAUAAGGCACUGCAGUAAAGCAUCAGAAACAAAAAAACACACUGCUGGUUUAUAUUCCUAUAGCAUUUCAUCUACAGUACAGGCCCAAUAACUGAUGCAGGUGGUGCACAGCUAAAAGACCAAAAAAAUCUCUGUGAGGAACAAUUACAGAGCCUCUUUAUUUAAGGUUGUGAGCAGCAUAAGAUUGUGCCGGCUAAUGGACCAAUAGAGCAAUAAUUAACUCUUUUGUGAAUUAAUAUUUACCUUAUUUGAUAAUGCAAACUACAGUUGAAAUAAUCAGAAAUAUAAAUGACAGUGUAAAGGAUUUUCUCAUGGAUCCAGGAGUGACGUUUGAUGGUGCUGGGAUUUGAGCUUAUGACCUUCUGAUCAGGAACUCAGUUUUCACAACUGAGCUACCAUUUAGAUGACCUUUUUAAAGAAAUGGCUCUAAUAUGAUAUUUCAAGAGUUUAGGAAAAAUAUUUUCCACCUUCAGUGUAUGGGUAUAAGAGCUUUAAGAGAACAACAACAACAACAACAACAACAACAACAACAAUAAUAAUAAUAAUAAUAAUAAUAAUAAUAAUAAUAAUAAUAAUAAUAAUAAUAAUGUUUGUGGUGCCAGAACUUAUUCCUGGAACACAAGCACACGAGGGGGGAUAUGCCCUGAAUUGGAAGCCAGUCAAUCACAAAUUGGGGCAUAAUUAAAUGAGAGACCGUGUUUUUUGGGAUGUGGAAGGAUGCAUCCAAAUCUCAAGCUCAGGAUUGGAUCAAUAAAAAUAGUAAUAAUAAGAGGAAUCUUUGAACAUUGAGUUUGCUUACCACACAUGUAGAGAGAUUAAAAGGAAAUAAAAAAUAAGAUAACGAAACAUACUGCAUCAACCAAGCAAUCGGACAGUAUUUACAAAGUGCUAGAGAGGUGUUUUAGCAUGCAUUUUGCUUGUUUUUUUGUUCAAAACACCAACUUCAGUGAAUUUCAGAGGUAUGAAAAUAAGUGCAAACUGGCUUGGUGUCAAUAUUCCUUUGACUUUUUUAUUCAUUGUUAUUUUUGAAUGCAAAAUAUUUAAAUGUGGAAACAAACCAGGGCACACACUGUUAUUUGCUAUCCUAAAUCCUAACCAAUAAUAUGCACACACCAAAGAUCACAUGAGUAAGCUGAGGCAUUGGGACUGUACAGAGCAGGUGAUUUUGUAUUUUGUUUACCUGAUUUAUUUGUGCCACAUUGAACAAUGUCUUGCUUAUUCAUAUCACACAGAGCCUUGUUUUUAAAUGACCACAACAACUGCAAUAUUUAAUAUCAUAGUACAGUAUGUAAUAAAACCCUUUGAUACAGGGCAAUAAACAUGCUGCACCAUGAUUGCGCAAUGACUUAAUGAAUGAAACAUUAGUUUAAUGUCUCUUAAAUAACAAUCAGCAUGUAUUUUAAUAGCUUUUUUUCCGUUCACUGCUGAUCUGCUGUAUUUAUAGACUUUAUUUAUUGUGCCACAUUUAAUGUACAUGGAAAUGAACUGAAUGAACAGAUGUAUAAAGCUGGAAUGGUGAUGAAUAAAGUCAUUUGAAAUCA